AUGGCUAGUCCUCCUGUUCUAGCUUUCGACGCCGAGGGCCGUCCGGUCAAAUUCGAAACCUGGCUAGAUGACCUGCACCUUUUCCUACAGCUCACUGCCAAGGAAGAUAUUACACUGUACGACCACGCUCUCGGCCAUGCGACCGCCCCACUCGCUACUGCCCCCCCAGCUGAGCGCUCACAGUGGCAGACCCGUGACGCGCACGCUCGCUUUGCUAUUCGCAACUCCCUGCCGCUAGAUGAGCGCGAGCACUUCGGCCAGUGCAAGACUGCUAAGGACCUCUACACAGCUGUAGUGGCCCGCUACUCCUCACCCGCUUCUGCCACACUAGGCCGCCUCACUCUCCCCUACCUGUUCCCCGACCUAGCCUCCUUUCACACUGUCGCAGACCUCAUCACCCACCUUAAGACUAGUGAGGCUCGCUUUCGCGCUGCCAUGCCUGAUGAGUUUCUCGCUAGCAACCCCCCCCCGCUCUGGAUCACUCUCUACCACGUUGUCACCCGCCUCCCUGACUCUCUGCGCCCUGUCAGGGACCAGUUCCUCUCUCGCUCCCCCACUGAGCUCACCAUAGCCCUCCUCGAGAAGGAACUGCUUGCAGCCGAGGCUAGUAUCGUCGCUGUAGGCACCUCUCGUGGCGACCCCCGCGGCCCCUUCUUCGAGGGGUGCUCCCCUUCCCCCCUCCUCCCCUCUGUCGCCUCUGCUGCUGCUGUCGACCUCCUUGGUGCUGAGAAGGUCGGGGCUGCGUCUGCUUCAGGCGGACGACGCAGGGGCAGGAGUGGCAGGAGUGGGGGUGGUGGCGGAGGAGGCGGGGGUGGAGGUGGUGGCGGUGGAGGUGCGACUGGAGAGACUAGUGGCGGCAGUGGUGGAGGUGACAGCGGUGUUGGGAGUGGUGACAGGGGCGGAGGUGGCAGCGGAGGCGGAGGUGGUCGUGGCAGCGGCAGGGGUGGAGGUGGCCGGGGCGGAGGCGGAGGGGGUGGUGGUCGUGGAGGCCCGGGGGGCGGUCAGAGUCAGCAGCCUUCCCCGACCCUUCAGGCCGCCCGUGAGUGGUAUGCGCGACGCAGCGUCACCUGCCAGUACGUUAUUCGUACAGGUGACCGCACUGGCCAGAUGUGUGGGGGGCCGCACCAGACGGAGCGCUGCUUCGCCCGCCUCAACGAUGCGUGGCGCACCCAGUUUCCUGGUGGGGGUGAGCUGCCGCGCUGGGCUGAUCUGCUCAGGAAGGGUGUUGAUAUUUGGGCACUUGACUUUGAUGCUAUUCUCACUGCCAUGUAUGCGAUGUCUAUUAGUGGAGAGGGUGCUCAGUACUUGCGUGUUCCGCCCGACCCGGGCAUUCAGGCCAGCCCCGCUGCUGCUCUAGGUGCUAGUGUGUCUGCUUCCACAGGUACUACUGCAGCUGCUGCUCUAGGUGCUUGUGCGUCUGUGCCCCCUGGUACUGAGUCGACUGCAGCACUGCACACCUUCACACUGGACUCAGGUGCUUCUCGCUCUUUCUUUCGUGACCGCACUGUCCUUGAGCCUCUAGCUCGGCCGGUUGCUGUCUCUCUUGCUGACCCCUCUGGGGGUCCGGUCCUUGCGACCUCCUCCACCACCCUUCCGUGUCCAGCGGUUCCGUCCGGCACACUCUCAGGUCUCUACCUCCCCUCGUUCUCCACGAACUUGGUGGCAGGUAGUGCGCUCCAGGACUCGGGUGUUCACCAGUUCACCCCUGCCUACGAGCGUGUGACUCACUGCACGUGUGCUCGGACGGGCCGCCACCUGGCUACUUUCACUCGAGAGCCGGGGUCUGACCUGUACACACUGACCACUGAGUCCCCUCAGGUAGCUGCGUCUGCGUCAGCGUCAGGUCAGCUGUCCGCCCCCUGCUCGUGUCGCUCUCUGGCGAACGACACCGUCCUCUGGCACCACCGCCUUGGUCACCCGUCUGUGCAGCGCCUGCGGGCCAUGCACAAACGGGACCUUGUUGCUGGUCUUCCCAGGGUGCUCCCUCCCCUUCCUGACUCCCCUGCUCCUGACUGCAUUCCCUGUGUCGAGGGGCGGCAGCGCGCCGCUCCUCACUCCUCCUCCUUUCCCCCGACGACCGCUCCCCUGCAGACGCUCCACAUGGACGUGUGGGGCCCAGCCCGCGUCCGUGGUCAGGGUCAGGAGAGGUACUUCCUGAUAGUUGUUGACGACUACUCGCGCUACACCACGGUCUUCCCCUUGCGCGCCAAGGGUGACGUCCCUGGUGUUUUGAUCCCCUGGAUCAGCCGAGCCCGUCUCCAGCUAGGCGAGCGCUUUCACUCGGACUUUCCUGUCCUGCGCUUGCACUCUGACAGGGGUGGUGAGUUCGCCUCCGACCUCUUGGCAGCCUACUGUGCUGAGCACGGCAUUGAGCAGUCGUACACGCUUCCGGCCUCUCCACAGCAGAAUGGGGUUGCUGAGCGCCGCAUUGGCUUAGUCAUGGAGGUCGCUCGUACCUCCCUGACCCAUGCGGCUGCUCCCCACUUUCUGUGGCCGUUUGCGGUCCGGUACGCAGCACAUCAGCUCAACCUCUGGCCCCGUGUCUCCUUGCCGGAGACUUCCCCGACUCUACGGUGGAUGGGAGAGGUUGGCGAUGCGUCGCGUUUCCGGGUCUGGGGAUCUCGAGCCUUUGUCCGCGACACGUCUGCGGACAAGCUCUCACGUCGCACUGUUCCCUGUGUCUUUCUUGGCUUUGUUCCCGACGCGCCUGGAUGGCAGUUUUACCACGUCACCUCGCGCCGGGUUCUGGCCUCUCAGGACGUCACUUUUGACGAGUCCGUCCCCUUCUACCGCCUCUUCCCCUACCGCACUGCCCCACUCCCCCCCCCGCCUCUCUUCCUCGCUCCAGGUGCUGAGGUACCAGACCCCCUCCCCCCUCAGGGUGCCGCUCCCUCAGGUGUGUCCCAGGUAGACCCGGGUGAGCCUGUCGAGGUAGCUGUUGACUCGCGUCCUGCGUCUGGGGGUGCUGAGCCUGGAGGUGCGGAGCCUGGGGGUGCUGAGCCUGGAGGCGCGGAGCCUGGGGGUGCUGAGCCUGGAGGUGCGGAGCCUGGGGGUGCUGAGCCUGGAGGUGCGGAGCCUGGAGGUGCGGAGUCUGGGGGUGCUGAGUCUGGGGGUGCUGAGUCUGGGGGUGCUGAGUCUGGGGGUGCUGAGUCUGGGGGUGCUGAGUCUGGGGGUACUCCACCUGGAGGAGCCCUCUCCUCCCAGCAGCUGCAGGAGAGGUACCUCGAGUACUGCCGCCUCCGGAGAGGUGCUUCUGGAGCUCGUCCCGGUACUUCCCCUCCUACCCAGGAGCUCCCCCCCAUUCAGGUGAUCCGCGAGUGGUACACGCGGCGCUGCAGUCUUCGUAGUGGUGCUCCUGGUGCUGCGGACCCGAGCGGUGGUGCUGUUGCUGGUGCUGAGGACCCGGGCGUUGGAGCUGCUGCUGGUGUUGAGGACCCGACCGGUGGCGCUGCUGCUGGUGCUGAGGACCUGACCAGUGGCCCUGCUGCUGGUGCUGAGGACUCGGGCGUUGGAGCUGCUGCUGGUGUUGAGGACCCGACCGGUGGCGCUGCUGCUGGUGCUGAGGACCUGACCAGUGGCCCUGCUGCUGGUGCUGAGGACCCGACCGGUGGUGCUGCUGCUGGUGCUGAGGACUCGGGCGUUGGAGCUCCUGCUGGUGCUGAGGACCCGGGCGUUGGAGCUGCUGCUGGUGCUGAGGACUCGGGCGUUGGGGCUGCCACUGGUGUCCCUGCUGUUUCUGGAGACGCUGCGCGGCCGCGACCGUACUUCGUACCGCUCCUUCAGCAGGUUCUUGGUCAGGCUCCUCCUCUUAGUCCUCCUCCCUCCGUAGCGUGUCCUCCGCCUGUCCAGCCGCAGUCACAGUUACCGCCUGUCUCGCCUCUCCCUGCUCCCUCCCCUUACGCUGGUCCCACAGGAGGUCUUACAGAGCGUCGUGAGCCUGAGUCUCGUCCUGCGUCGCCUGUUCGUACUGCUCGCACUGGUCGUCGUGUCCCACGUGAGCGUCCUCCUCCUGUCCCUGGCACUCACUACAUGACUCUGCGUCCCUCCACUGCUCCGCAGCGUGUCCCGCUGCCGUCUCCUCCUGCGUCCUCUCUUCCUACUCUUCCUGACCCGGAGUCUGACUCUCGUCGUGCUGCCAGUCCCACUGUUACGCGUCUCCUCGCUACAGUUGUCACGGACCCGACCUUUGAGUCCUCUGCUGCGUCUGCUCUGGUCGCUGAGUUGGUUGACUUUGCUGCUCGCUGUCGCCUAGACUACGCUGCCAGCCUUGUCGCUAGGUCUGAGUCUGCGUCUUCCUGUCCUCCGUCCGUCGGGGUUGCCCCUGAGGGAGACCCGGAUGCACCAGACAUCCCGACCCCACGCUCUUACGCUGAGGCGAUAGCGGGUCCCUACUCCUCUCAGUGGCAGACAGCCAUGGACGCAGAGAUGGCCUCCUGGAAGUCCACAGGCACCUACGUAGACGAGGUUCCCCCUCCUGGGGCGAACAUCGUCAGUGGCAUGUGGAUUUUCAGGGUGAAGCGGCCGCCGGGUUCUCCACCUGUCUUCAAGGCGCGCUACGUGGCUCGAGGCUUCAGUCAGCGAGAGGGAGUAGACUUCUUUCAGACCUUCUCCCCCACCCCGAAGAUGACUACUCUUCGGGUGCUGCUGCACAUAGCCGCUCACCGCGACUACGAGCUUCACUCUCUUGACUUCAGCACUGCUUUCUUGCAGGGCAGCCUGCACGAGGAGAUCUGGCUGCGCCGCCCCCCUGGCUUCACUGGGUCAUUUCCUCCUGGCACCCAGUGGAGGCUUCAGCGGCCGGUCUACGGUCUCCGCCAGGCGCCACGUGAGUGGCACGACACACUGAGGACGACACUUGCGGCUCUUGGGUUCGCUCCCUCUACUGCUGACCCGUCGCUGUUUCUACGCACCGACACCUCGCUGCCGCCGUUCUACAUCCUCGUGUACGUCGACGACUUGGUCUUUGCCACUGCUGACACCGCGGCACUCGCUCACGUGAAGUCGGAGCUGCAGAGGAGACACACGUGCACAGACCUGGGUGAGCUGACGAGCUAUCUUGGCUUGCGGAUCACCCGGGACAGAGCACGGCGCACCAUCACCCUGACUCAGUCACACAUGGUGCAGCAGGUUCUCCAGCGCUUCCGCUUCACGUACUCCUCGCCUCAGUCCACUCCUCUGCCUACCGGUCACUCGCUCUCAGCUCUGCCUUCGGAUGAGUCCGUAGAGCCGAGUGGCCCGUAUCCAGAGCUUGUGGGCUGCCUCAUGUACCUGAUGACCUGCACUCGACCUGACCUUGCAUACCCUCUUAGCAUCCUAGCACGCUAUGUCGCUCCUGGCCGUCACCGGAAGGAGCACAUGGAUGCUGCUAAGAGGGUGUUGCGCUACUUGUGCAGUACGUCGGGCAUGGGGCUUGUGCUUGGAGGGCGAGACCGGGUUGUUCUCACAGGGCACUCAGACGCUUCUUGGGCAGACGACCAGGCUACUCAGCGGUCGUCCCAGGGUUACACCUUCAGCCUUGGCUCUGGCACAGUUUCUUGGCGUUCUACUCGCUCUUCUUCUGUUCUCAGCUCCAGUUGUGAGGCUGAGAUCUACGCCACAGCCAUGGCCGCUCAGGAGCUACGCUGGCUGACCUACCUGCUGACCGACCUCGGAGAGCGGCCUCGUUCUCCUCCAGUGCUGUACGUCGACAACAAGGCUGCCAUUGCCUUGUGUGAGGAGCACAGACUGGAGCACAGAACGAAGCACAUCGCUCUGCGGUACUUCCUGGCUCGAGAGCUGCAGCAGCGUGGUCAGCUUUGUCUGCGUUACGUGGCCACGGAGGCCAACACUGCUGAUGUGUUCACCAAGGCGCUUCAGCCUUGUGACCAUCAGCGCUUUUGCACUCUGCUAGGCCUUGUACCUACUGGGCCUCACUUACUUACCUCUUGA